AUGCCAGCCGUGGACUCUGGCUGGGGCCCUGGGCUGGGCCUGUACCUGGGCGUCAGUUGGGCCCACAGAGGCCAAGGCCCAAGAGGUCCAGCAAGAGAGCAGGCCGAGCACGUGGGCAGCCGGCUCAGGUUCCGAGCUGACCGACCUCCCCCUGCGCUGGAGCUGCAGCCCUGGGAGCUUCCCGACGACGUCCGACCGCGAUUUGAGGGGCUGAGGAGCGGCCUCUCCCGCCCGUCCCCCGCUCCGUCCUGCCCUCCGUACCCUUAUCCCAUACUGGCUGUGCGGCCAGCCUCCCCGACUCCGCCCACCCCCGACCCCGGGCCUAGUGUCACAGCAACACUCAUCGGCAGAGGCGUGCCAGGGCUCCUGGGGGUGACCCGUGCGUUCCCCAUCGACUUGGCCGAGGCUCGGCUACAGAACCAGCGUGGACAGGAAAUCUACAAAGGAACGUAUGUUGGGGGCCGGGGGUGCGUCGGGGUGCGGGGCCCAGCAGGCCUGGGCAGGGCGGGGCGGCUGCCCGCUCACCCUGACCUUGCUGGCCUCCGCCUCCACGGCAGUGGACUGCCGGGGAAGACAGUUGGUGGGGAGGGCUUCCUGGGCGCCAACCGAGGCGGGCUCCUCGGGGCCCGGGGUGGCACGGACUUGGGGGGCUUGACCUUGCUUCUGCGAGGAGAGUGGGAACACAUCUGCACGCGAAGCCCUGGGACGCAUGCGGCUGCCAGCCCUGCCCCGCAGGACCUCGCGAUCAGGCUGAAUUUGGGGAACUGGUCACUUGUCGCGGGGGCGGGUGGCAGGAACAAGACACAGGUGACUUGUGGGAAGUGCACAAAGGAGCUGUCGGGCACAUGCAGUCCCAGCGGGGUGGCGGAAAAGAAAGGGCGUUUCUGUGAAAUAGAGGAGCCCCCCGACUCCCAGGGGCCCCACUUGUCCCGGAAGCUCACUGGCUGGGGGAGGGGGUCCCUGUGGCUGCAGACGCCCCACCCUCGCGGUUUCCUUCCAGGAGCCGCGGUGAACCUGACCGCGGUCACCCCAGAGAAGGCCAUCAAGCUGACGGCCAGUGACUUCCGGCAGCAGCUUCUGGAGGACAGUUGCAUUGCGCUCUUUUCUGGAAGGUGGCGGGAGCGGGUGGCGACCACGCCUCGGCUCACCUGUGUUCGGCCUGACGACCUGACGUCCAUAUACUGCAAAAUGCUGUGUGCAGCUGGGCUGGGCCAGGCGGUGGUCACCUGUCCCCUGGAAAUGCUCAAGAUGCAGCUGCAGUGCUGGGCGCCUGCCCCUGCCCCGCGGGGCCCCCUUUCCCGCGGCAGGCGCCCGGCCGCGGCCCUUAUCGCCAGGGAGCUGCUCCGCACCCAGGGCCUGGUGGGGCUCUACCGGGGGCUGGGAGCCGCCCUUCUCGGGCCCACACGAGCGUCCAGUGCUCUGGGGCCCGGCAAGGCCUGCCUGCAAAGGCCUGCAGAUCGCUCCCCAGUCGGCGAGCGGGGAGAACCCAAUGCCGUGGCUGUGCGUGUCUGGCUCCUCGGGUGCCGGCAGGCGGGUGGGGAAGCCAAGUCCUUUCCCCUCCGCCGUCUCCACCCACACUGUCACUGCCACCGGGGAGCGAUGGUGACCGGGCUCCUCCCCGCCCCGCUACAAGGCCUGAGCGGCUGGGAGCUCGGCGCGGCCGCCCCUCCUCCGCGGGGACACCCCCUUCUCCGGCAUCUCCUUCCCCCGGGGGUCAGGGAGCCCACGGGGAAGGCCUCCUUCGCGCACUCCUUCACGUCUGGCUGUGUCGCAGGCCCGGUGACGCCUCUGGAAGCCGAGCACGUUGCAGGUGGAGCAGCACGACUUGCUCUCCAGGGGAGGCGUGUGUAGACUCGUCUGUAGGACGAACAUUCUGCACUUUCAGGAUGCAGGAGAUGAAACAGCCCCAGCGUGAAAACCACGUAGGGUCACGACCCACGGCCCCUGCCGAAACUCUCAUCUCUGACGAACCCUUCACCUUAGGGCUUCCUGUCCCCAGGAGGGUUUGGGCACCAGCUGUCAGUGACCGCUGGCCCUCUACGACUUGAGGCUAAUGGCGGGAGGAGAGGCUUCCCCGUCUCAGGGCUGCCCCUGCUCAUGCUCCGAGAGCCGGGCUCUCGUGCAGUGGGUC